AUAUUAAAAAUUACUAAGGAUAAGUCUAAGAGCCCACAUAUAAUAUAUAAUACUUUUCCAGGUCAAGUAAGACACAUUUUUCAUAGAAAUGGAUAUUCAGAUGGAGACCUAACAAGGAUUUUGAAGGAUUAUCUGGAUCCAACAACGAAUAACGGUAUCUUUGCGCCACUCGACAUUUCUUUGUCGUGUCGAAGGAUAAUUAAUAACACAUUUAGCAAGACCUUAAAAAUUAACUUCUCCAAUCUCAAACUUCCAGAUUUGAUGUCAUCAGCGGACCAACAGGAAUUCAUCAAACGAUGUCAUAAUUUUAACCACAGAGGAUGGAAACUCACAUACAGUGAGCUACAGAAAUCUGUAUACUUCCCAGGGAUGUUAUCUAAGGUCAAGACUAUGUCUACUACUCCAGGGCGGACACUGCGAUGUCCGCAUACACGAUUUAAAUCAAAACCCUCUAGCUGUUGUGUCAUUAGGACCUGCGAGAAUAAGCCAUAACUAUGUUAGAAUUAUCCACCGUGUAAAUGUAAGUUCUAUUGAAUCCAUUAUUGAAAAACUGAUUGUAAUUGCAAAUGAAAAGAUAACACAUAGACACAUCCUGAGCCCACUUAUAAAAUCUAAACAAGAAAAAUUGUUAAUAACUUUUGAAAAACUGAAAACGCCAAAUAUUAGACGAUUCAGACGAUGGGAAACCCUAGGAAAAGCCUGGAAAUAUAUAUCAGGCAGCCCGGAUGCCGAAGAUUUGAAAAUCAUUAAUACCACUACCAAUACACUAAUUGAACAAAAUAAUAAGCAAACAGCAAUUAACAAGCAAUUUGAAGAAAGAAUCAAUAACUUAACAAAAACUACCUCUUUGCUAGCUACCGACUAUUACAAGUCAUAUAAUGAAACAAUGGAUGGAUUUGAAUCAGUUAAUCUUUUAUUUAAUUUAGAUGAGCUCAUCAAGAAUUUAGAGAUAGUAGAGGAGGCUAUAACUUUAGCUAGGUUUAAUAUACCAAGCAGCCGCCUCAUCAGCCCAGAAGAAAUCUUCGCAGCACAACAGUUUCUCACCAGCAACAAUUUCGAACUAGAUUCCUUCGGCACUAUUCUGGAUAUCGCCAGCGCUUAUGUUCUUCGAACCUCACAUUCAAUUAUCUACACCUUAAAAGUUCCAAGAAUUAAGGAUGUCAUUUAUGAGCUACACUACAUCGAACCAGUCAUAACCAAUGGUACACGUGUUCAUCUAUCUUCAAACUACUAUCUAAAAGGACCCAAAUCUUACCAUAUGCAAAAUUUAUGUCCUAAAACCAGAGGACUUUACAUUUGCCAGGAGUCGCAGUUAGAAGUAGCAGGAGCAUGCAUUCAACAACUAAUGAGUGGAAGUUCUGCCCAAUGUAUGGUUGAGAAAACGUAUGGUCAAAAUUUUGUAAAGAAAAUCAACGACGCCAAUAUCGUUGUAAAUGAUGCAAACAUGACUAUGUCUUCAAGCUGUUUUAAACACACGAAAGACUUGCAGGGAUCUUUCUUAAUUCAGUUCUCCGGAUGUACUAUCCACCUAAAUGGAGAGGAGUAUACAAAUCUCGACGCUGAAGGACCUGCAACGUCUUUUAUUCCAACCACCGGGCUAAAGGUAAACGCCACUGAAAUCAUCUAUCGUAUGCCUCUAGACUACUUACAGAAACUUCAUCUAAAUCAUCGAGAACACCUGCACAAGCUCAACUUGACGACGACAAACAUACACGGAAGUUUGCGCACCUUCAAGUGGAUAUCCUUUGGUUCAUUCUCCGUUACAACUCUAAUCAUCCUUGGAAUCAUUUUCACCUUGGUCAUCAAAAACAUACUUCCACCAUGCAAUAGAACCAAAAUCGUUAUCAAGGGAGACACGCCAACGGGUAGUAUGGAGGACAUUGUAGAUGAAUAUAUUCAGAAGAAACCGAGGGUUAAGUUCAUACCACAGCAAGAUAAUUGAGGAAAGCCGAGGACGACUUUCGACUAGAAGGGGAGCCGUUAGGAAAUCCAGCCGGUAUACCACGCCACGCGGCACAUCCAUCGUCAGCGGUAUGCGAUAUGCAUACUCAGCAGAAUGAAAUAAUAAAAAGGCCACAGCCAUGUGGCUCGCUCUCUUUUCUCACACUGGACGUCGGCUAGGGAAUA